AUGACAAAGAGUAGUAAAGUUAAUUCAGAUCCUUCGUUACCAUAUACAUGGACUCAAACUUUGAGUGAAGUAUCGGUAACUAUAAAGACAGAGAAGCCUGUCAGAGGAAAAGAUCUAGAUAUCAAGAUCACACAGACACACCUCACUGUUAAGAACAAAACUUUGAACACUGUCUAUAUUGAUGGUGAUCUUUAUAAACCUGUAAAUAAAUCUGAUUGUAUUUGGCAGAUUGAGUUAUAUAAAACUACUUCACAAGAAUGGUGGAGUUGUGUCAUUAAAGGACAUCCAGAGAUCGACGUUCAAUCGAUUGAACCAGAGAACACCAACUUGUCCGAUCUAGAUGGUGAUACAAGAGGAAUGGUUGAGAAAAUGAUGUAUGAUCAACGUCAAAAAGCGAUGGGAUUACCAACAUCAGAUGAAGAAAAUAAACAAAAGAUAUUAGAGAAUUUUAUGUCACAGCACCCAGAAAUGGAUUUUAGUAAUGCCAAGUUUAGUUAG